ACGAACAACCACAUAGAGCAAGAUUUCAGACGCUGGAGAAGAAAGAGCAGGCAAGUGAAAAGAAAAAGAAGAAUAAAAAAGAAGAAGAAGACCAGAGUCAGAGCCAACCAAUGCUGCGGCCGCCGACUGGGAGCUCGAGCACGCACGCGCUGUCCCGCCGCCAAGGUGCUGAAACGCACGCGUCGAGUCUUCCCCGCGUGACGUAGUGUGGCGGGCGGACGGUUUCGCCUGGACUGGAGCGCUGAGAGCUCCUUAUCUGACCUCGCGCUUUUGGGCGGGACCGAACACAGAGGGUUGCCACGCCUCCUGAGCGUCCCAUUCGAGGAGCUGGACCGAUACCUCGAGGUAAAUGUUGAGGACCCUGUCACCAUGUUGCCCAAAUCCAGAAGAGCUCUCACAAUUCAGGAAAUCGCAGCACUUGCUAGAUCCUCACUUCAUGGUAUCUCUCAGGUGGUGAAGGAUCACGUCACAAAGCCGACAGCGAUGGCGCAGGGACGUGUCGCUCACCUCAUUGAGUGGAAAGGAUGGUGCAAACCCACAGACGCUCCCAGCGCCCUUGAGUCCGACUUUAACUCCUACUCAGAUCUGUCUGAGGGCGAGCAGGAGGCCCGCUUCGCCGCUGGCGUGGCGGAACAGUUUGCCAUUGCCGAGGCCAAACUUCGCGCCUGGUCUUCAGUAGAUGGAGACGAGUCGAACGAUGAUUCAUAUGACGAGGACUUCCUGUCUGCUAACGAACCCACCACGCAGAGUACAGAUCUCUCUUCGUACCCUCAUUACCUGCGUGACCUCAUACACACUCGGGUCUGCGAGGCGAGGCUACGCGAGGCUGAAAGCGGCGUCGCAGUCGACCUUUCACCUCCGGCGGGGUUACCAGGGUCGCCACCGGACACGCUGGGGUCCAGCACGUACAGCCUGGACGAUACACUCCCACUGCUUCGCGACCUCGGUCGCUGUGGUGACGACCUCACCGCCAAGAUCCUGGGCGCGCUGCACGGCAGGGAGGACCUCCUUCUUUUGGCACGCCUCCAGCGAGCGGGGCAAAGGCGGGGCCAUUCGUUCUCUGAGACGUUCGAAGAGGACGAGGCACCUUGUAAAGACUGCAGGGGUGGGGCUUGGUGCACGUCAGAAUAUUUGGCACGGAGGAAAGUUUCAGACGUCGCUUCGUCCGGAGUGGUGUCGCUCGACGAGGAAGACGAAGAAGACGCAGAUGAGGAAGAGGAAGAGAGAGAGCAGUGAGCGUCUGCCAUUUAAUUUUGGCCACACCCAAAAUUUCAAAGUUUCUGUUUGGAAUGUUCGAUUCGGCAUGUUUGUUUUAGACUCCGCCCCUCGUCUUCGCCUACACGCAGCGGUCCGGUGUGGACUCUAGAUAUUUUUUUAAAGCGUCGCAACAAUCUUUUCUGCAGCGCGGUGGGAGAGAAAGAUGUUGAGGCUGGACUGGAGGUUACUACUUUAAAAACAUUCAAAGAAAAAGAGACGUUAAAAAAGGAAAAUGAAUUGAUGAAAAAUGUUGUAAAAAAAAAGAAAUGAAAGACUGAAAAUUCUUUUCUGCAUGUGUUGCAAGUUUGAAUGCCUGAACGCUCGGAUUUGCACCGUCCAGUCUCUUUUUGCACGGUUUUGUGAAUUAUGGCUGUCGUGUUUAGCUCCGCCCCUUUUCUCGUCUCAGGCCCCAUUGCAUUCUGGGGCGAGGUUGUGCAUCCACAGGGCAUGGCUGCUUGCUACAGAAACUCUUUAACGUAAUCCGCCAAACGAACGCCGCCACAAUCAGCGCCGAGAAAAAGCUGAAAUGUUGAAUGUUUGUUCUGUGACGGGAAAAAGUGUUUCACAUUGAGGCGUCAAAAACAACAUAGGGGUUUUUACCUGGACUAGUUUUAUAACCACUCAUUAUUAUUAUUAUUAUUAUUAUUAUAGAACCAGAGUGUUUUCUUUGUUAGCUUUUGGUCCUAAACUCCAGGCACAAUGUUAGGAAGCGAGUCGCGUCGUCUCCACCGCAGCAUUUGUGUCGAGGACGUUUCAGGGUUUGUGGGAAAGUCGUUCUAUUUUUGUACAUGUGAUUUUUCGCGACGUGUCCGUUAGCGCGUGAUGCCUCAGAAACGUUCUUCUCUCUUUUUCUUUUCCAGAAAAAACACUCGUUUCUUUAAUCGUUCUUCGCUUCAUUUCUUUCGAGAGGAACGAUGUGACCGUGCUCGAUCUGCCCUCUCACAGAGACAGCUCAUUUUUUUAUUCUCCAUAAAUGUCAAGUACUGUCUCUCUCUCGCUCUCACACACACACACACACACACACACACACACACACACACACACACUUAAACGGCUAAUUUUGUUUGCUGAUGGUCGUUCUGUCGUUGCCAUGACGAUCCACAGUUCCCUCCGACUGCAUUAGUCGGGCUGUCAGUCUGCCGCUUGGUUAAAUCUGAUUGGCUCUGGGGGAAGAUAAGACCCCGCCCACUUGUUUAGCUGUUGCUUUAAAAAUGACAGACGAGUGUGUACGCAUGUUGGACACUAACCCCACCUGUGUGUGUGUGUGUGUGUGUGUGUGUGUCUUUAUAACUAUCUACUACAAGACACUGUUUCAGAUGUCUCUCAACUCAACGUG